AUGGAACACCAUGCUCCACACUCGGGGUCAGUGUUUGAAGGUUACUACAGCAAGUUCGACCUCCCCUCUGGAGCGAAACUCGCGAUCAUAAUAUGUGAGGUCAAAGGCGCAAAGAAGAACCCGUACAUGGUCUCCUUGACCUACGUGCCCAAGGAUGUCUCGAAGACAUACCAAAAGGAGAUUUGGGCGAAGGAGAUGCACAUGGUCACUUACGACAAACAAACUUUUGCUUUUGGACUCGAGGUACCUGGCAUAGGAUACGCUAGAUGGGAUGCCGACUCCACGACCGAGUACGACCUCAACUGUCCCGAGUUCACUUUCCGUGGCAAAACGACUUCGAGGACGCCAUGGUCUGCUCACACGAACACGCCAGAAGCACUUCUUGUCAACCUUCCAUUACCUUUGCAUUGGCAUGUGCAAUCAUUAGCAUCUGACUGCGACUUCGAGAUGAGCUUGCCCAGCUACGACCUACCGCCCGAGGAUCGUUCUGGAAAAGCCAUUGUGCAUCAGGAGAAGAACUGGGCGCAAAGCUUUCCUGCCGCACACAUGUGGCUGCAAGCUCGGAAAGGUGACAGGGCGUUCUGCUGCGCUGGCGGCAAAAUUCUAGGGAUGGAAGCGUUUCUGCUCGGGUACCGCAGUGGGGAUUUGAACAUCGACUUCAGGCCACCAUUCGCCGUUCGCCUAGCUGGCCUCAGCCCCUUCUUGAGCUAUGAGACGAAAUGGGAAGAGCGAAAGUUCGAGCUGAGCAUCCAGAACUUCUUCCAAAAGCUAACUGUCACCGCUACGGCCCCCAAGGGCACUUUCUUCCCACUGAGUGCGCCCUUCGAGGAAGGACAUAGGCCGAACUUCCUGAACCAGAGCUUUCAGGCUACCUUUGUGGUCAAGAUCUAUAAGAGCGGUUGGUUCAGCCCUUUCACGCUGGUUCGAGAGGAUGUGUUUGAGGGAUGCAGUCUCGAGUAUGGCGGAGGAUACUACCCUCCGGCCGGCAGUGAAGACAGGUACCAUUGA